UGGGAAUAAUGUAAUUGUGCUUUAGCUGGGGGAAGACCUUUAACAAUUUUGUCCAAUUCCCCACUCAAUUCUAUAUAUGAGUUGUUGAUAUAAAGUUUGAUUUCAGCAUUAGAUAUGGAGAAUGGUAUCGUUUUAACUAUCAUAGAUAUGGAGAAUAAAGUGCAAACUGCGGUCGGCAUUGCUGGAAUAAUUUCGGGGGUAUUUCUUUACUUGACACCGAUGAAAAUUGUCAUAAGGAUUGCGGAGGAAAGAUCAUCGGAAAAGUUAUCAGUAACCCCGUAUUUUCUUGCAUAUCUGAACUGCGUGUUUUAUAUGGGGUAUACAGCAUGGUCAUCAAAUUGGCUUGCAGUCAUUGCGAAUGCAUUAGAUGCUCUCAUUGUUUUUCAUUAUGUGAUGAUUUUUAUGUUUCUUUCACCAAUUAACUUGAUUGCAUAUAAGCGUGUGGGAGCACUCCUUGUUGUAUUUGUGGUUUUAGUCACAUUUAUUUUUGUUCCCUUGUCAAUGCAUGAGCAUCUGGGGCUGCUUUUCAAUGGAUUGGUAGCCACUGCAUUCUCCAUUGCUCUUUAUAUCACAUCACUAUUUUUGGUGAUCCAAAGAAAAGAGGUGGAAUUCAUGUCAUUCUACACGUCGAUCUUGAUGUUGUUGAACGGGGCAUUCUGGUUUGUCUUUGGCUUACUUAGACAAGACUUUUUUAUUGUUCUAUUAAAUGGUGUUGGCUGUGGAGUGGGAGCAGCACAAAUAUACCUGAUGUAUCCAAAUAACAAAGGCAAAACUGUGAAGCAAAAGAAAACUAUAGAAGGGGAAACCAGGAAUCAAAAGAAUAAAAACAAAGGAGGAGAAAAUAAAACCAAGAUUGCAUGAUUUAUUUAAAGCUUAAUUUUGAAGGGAACUUGCAAAAGCUAUUUGGCUUCAAAAAUAGUGCCCAUAGUUAUUUGUUUAUUUAUGUAUGUUUUAUGGGUCUCAAAAACUGGUGUACCAUAACCGCUUCACUCUAGUACUUGUAAUUUUUUUUUUUUGGUUAUUAUGCUUAUGGUAGUAUUUAGGGUAAAAAAACAUUUUGCCCCCUCAACUAUGUCGUUUUUUCAUUGCUAUGCAAACAAAAUACUUUUCCACGA